AGAGCUGUACCUUCAUCUUCCUACGGACAUUGCUUGAGCUGUUCUGUACGCGAUCGUUCAAGACAUCAACUAAUCGAGCAUUAUAUUGGGAAAUUGCAAUGCCACCCAUGCUUUUGCCACAACGAUUAUGAAACAGCGAACGGCUUUGGGUCAGCCUGACAAGAAGGAAGGGUACUCGUUAUCACGCUCGACAUCCUCGGGUCUACCUGUGAUAUCCUUCCAGCAGUAUGUGCAAUCAUGGUCUGGAAAGCAGAUCGCUCGUUGGGUCGAAGGACUCGGAGAUGCAAUGAAUCCAUAUCUUGGAACUAUUCGUGACAAUAUACGAAGUGGGAAACAUCUACACCUGAUUGACGAUGAGACAUUGGCGAACAUUGGAAUCACAGCACUUGGACCGCGAAAAACAAUCUUGCAGGCUGUUCAGCUGCUUCUGUACUUUUGCGCUGAAGCUCCUUCAGAAAACUUGCAAAGCUUAUCCAUGAAAGUUGUAAUCGCUUGCAAAGCAGCCUCACAAGAGCUAGAAAAGGCUUUGCGAUGCAAAGACGAGAAGCCGCUGACCAGAGUUCAUGUAGUGGCCGUGCUGAACAGUAUCUCAUUGUCGAUGUCCGUUUUGGUUGAGCACGUGAAGAAACUCCUUUUCUGGCUGGAUAGAAGUCCAUUUGACGAGCUUGUGCAGUACAUCGAAAUGCGAAACCGCAUUUCUGUAGCUAUAUGGGAAUUGGUGCGCAGUGUGAACGUCCAGCCAAAAUCUCUAUUCGAGUCAGCGUCAGAGGUCAUACAAAAGUGUAACUCCUUGAGAGAACUCUGUUUGAAUCUUGUUCAAAACAGUGACGAUCCUGCAAUUCUCUACACCGCCUACAUCGAGCGAGCCCUUCUACGUAGGCACGACGUUACGACCAACUGGGGGAUCAACUUGCAGUCGUCAUUUCGUGGGGUACAUGUCAUAAGCGAAGUGAAAGUGGGAUCGCCUGCGGAUUUGUGUGGCCGCAUCGACGCUGGCGAUGAGAUUAUGCUCAUAAAUGGAAAAACGGUCCUAGGAUGGGAUUUGACUCGAGUUGCUCAACGCCUUGGCUCCUCCACCGAUACUGAACUACAUUUAGUCCUCAAUAAGCGUCCUCGUCAUUCGCUACCGCUUCCUAUGAAGAAUGCUGGCCCGAAGCAAACUCGUCCCUUAGCAAAGAUGAUACCUGGAAGCCAAGCAACGGACACAGCUGACAGGGGAAAACGCAUAUUCAAAGAUAUAAAUUACCCUCUCAACCGCCGUCGUUCAUCCACCUUCAUCACGAAAUUGCUGAAUCACAUGGAGAAUAACGGUGGUAGAGUACGCAGUACAAGACGUUCCUCUGUAAGUGGUGGUAGUCCGCGCAGAGAGCUUUCUUUCGAGGAAGACGAUCGCUCGCAUGUGAAUUGGGAUCUCUUCGAUCUGAUUGGGCAUCCAGCAGCUGACAAUGAAGGAUCUAUCACCAUACCUCGAAUUGUACGCCGUGCGCGCACAAUGCGCCAUCAACCCGAUGGAUACGUUAGAUCCUUCAUAGACAACAAACUUGUGCAUGAGAUUGAGGAAGACAUCAUUGCGGAGCAGCUGCCGUUCAACGUCAAAUGUCCAACGGAGUUUGCCGAGGUGUCGAUUGUUGAACCGGCGGAGCUCAGUCAUCUUAAUGUAGUCGAACCCAGUUGCUCGGAUCCGGAUUGGAGCGCCCCAUUUGAGGAAACUUCUAUUCCAAGAUUCCGAGCUCCUGCCGGUGAUUCCAAUCUUUCGGGCCUUGUACUAGAUUCACCAAGGUACCCCAGUUCUUCAGUAGGAGAAGAUUUUAUUCUGCCGAGUCCAGCCUCAUGUAGUUCCAUGUCCAUCUCUAGUCCGAACCCAUUCCGGCUUGCCGCAUCAGGGGAGUGGCAUACCGAUGAAUCCCCGACAACGCCGGGCACUCCUGACACGAAAACAGCAGAAAAAGCAUUCGAAGGAUGGGUCAGGCGAAGAAAGACUGCAAAGGAAUUGUUUGCGAAGGAGGUGACCAACAAAUGGCCGAAGUGUUGGAUGUGCCUACGAGGACCAUUUCUCAACAUCUACCCUAAUCAAUUUACCCGUCGAGCUGAUAUGAUAAUCAACGUUGCGAAAUGUGUGGUGUCAGACGAAACAGAUCUGAAAACUUCAAAGAAAUUUGUCUUCCGCUUGUCAAGACCACCAAUCGAGUACCAUUUUUCAUGCUACAAUCAAACUGAUAUGAGAACGUGGAUCCACAAAAUAAAGGUUGCCAGCGAAAUGUAUGGAGCGCAGAAUCGUGGCAUGUCAAAGUCCAUAUCUUAUUUGGAGAGCGAGCACGUCGAUCCGUCCUCAGAGCACUACAACACGCUCGCUGGAUUACCGUCAUCAAUGACCCAUAGCCAUCAUGAAGAAUUGAGCGGCGCGUUCGCAGCUGCCAACACUCUUCCGCGUCCAACCGCAGGUCCCGCACCAAAGCAUGGCAAAACGGGGGCACGAUUCAUUAGCAAGAAGUGAUUUUAGCAUCUUGACGCUAGUUAGGGAUCAGUUCCUCUGUAGUCUUAUAGAUCAAAGUGUUUUUGCAUUUUUCUCACGCUUACGGAUUUCUUCUUAUUGGCAAUCUAGUCAUCAUUCUCGCACAGCUUUCCUACUGCUUUACUCGACCGCUUCGAAAUCUCAUUAGGCAUUUCUUCACUCUCGCCUGUACAUAUAAGCUCUUUUCUUUUGUCUGUAAUUGGAUUCGAUUGUUUGAUUUGUUGUCUUCGUUGUGAUAUCUCGUAUAUUCACUAGUCCUGAAUGAAGAGUUUCUCUUCUUCCUGUUUAAU